AUGUCGUCCUCUCCUCAAUCCCCCUGUUCCCCUCUCCCUCGUUCUUCUCAUCGUCGUCAACGUUCGAUGAACGUUUUUAGGAAUCUCUGGGCGGCUGUCAUGCGCAAAUACAAUCAUGCAGACCCUAAUUCCGCCACGGUGCUGAUUGUCGGUGCUGGCUCAACGGGUCUAGCGCUGGCUCAAGGAUUGACAAAGGCCGGGAUUCCCUGCGUGGUCGUCGAGAAAUAUGAUUGCUUGGAUGCUCGUUCACGCGACUGGAAUAUGGGUUUGCAUUGGGGUGUAUCCGCGCUGAGAUCUCUUGUGCCCGACCAUAUGUGGGAUCGCAUCCAAUCCGUCCAGGUCGACCCCCAUGCGCCCACCGCCGAACACGAUUCGCUCAACUUCUACAAUGCCCAAUCGGGUGAUAUGAUGGCCUCGAUCCCCGUCCAGUAUUUCUAUCGUCUUCGUCGUCGCAAACUCCGCGGUCUGCUCGCAGAAGGACUAGACAUUCGCUACGGGAAAGAGCUGCGCUCUAUCGAAUACUCUGAGGAUGGAAAGUUUGCCACGGCAUGGUUCGAAGAUGGUACAUCAAUCACGUCGCAUUUGGUCGUUGGGACUGACGGCGCUCAUUCAACCCUGCGACAAACGCUCAUUGGUCCCAGCAGCGGCAGUACCCAACGUCUUCCGUACUGUGCGACCUUCGUCCAAGCGCGAUACAGCGCUGACCGGGCUCGAUACUUGCGCAAACUUCAUCCUCUAUACCUCGCGGGCAUCAACCCGGCCGGCUAUUUCUCGUUCUUCGGUAUGCACGACAUCCAAGAUCCGAAUGACCCGACGACAUGGACCUUUUUCUUCUACAUCUCAUGGCAUUCCCCGUUGGAGGAACAAGAGCGGACGGCCAACUGGACCAAUGCACAACGGUUGCAGCAAGUGAAGGAACUGUCCAGGUGCUUCACUGACCCGUGGAAAAGUGCGUUCGAGUGGUUACCGGACGACCACCAGGUCUGGUACAUGGGUCUGUCGGAUUUCGAUCCAGGCACAAAGGAUCACCGCUGGGACAAUCAUGGAGGGCGAGUCACCAUGGCUGGCGACGCGGCUCAUGCCAUGACGUACCAGCGCGGCCAGGGCCUCAACCAUUCCAUCACGGACGCUGCUAAACUGGCAGAGGCCGUGAAGCAAUUUGCUUCCGGCAAAGCAACCCAGGCAGAUGCCAUCUCAUCCUACGAAGAGGAGAUGGUCGCUCGUGCCGGCGGAGAAGUCCGCUUGUCGACUGUCAACACCGGGAUGCUGCACAAUUGGGAAAAGGUCCAGCAAUCACCGGUGAUGCGAUCGGGCAUGACACCGCAACAGCAGCAGCGGCAACCACAACAACAGCAGGCCAUACAUGCUCAGUAA